GCUCCUCGCUGCGGUGUGUGAUCCGAGCCGGACGGAGCCGAGCAUCAUAAAGCCGAGCCGAGCCGAGCCGAGCCGAGCCUGGGCUAGACUAGACUAAACUAAACUGAUCAAGCUGAGUUGAGCCGUGCCAAUUCGAACCCAGCAGAGACAAGUCGAUCCAAAUCGAACCGGUCCAGCUGAACCUCAGUGCGCCUCGUCGGGUCGGACCGAGGAGAGCCAUGCUUCUUGGUGUGCUGGGUCACCGGCCGCUGGCUCUGGCACGGGCGGUGCUGGCAGCGCUGCGCGGGCGGCUGAGUGCGCUGUGCUGGGGGCUGACACCCCUCGUUCUGCCCCUGCUCUCCUGGAGGCGGCGGUCGGGCUGCAGCCCCGACACCCCCGCGGCACCCCGGAAAGACAAGGACGAGACGGUCCCGACGCCCACCAGCGUUAAUUACCACUUCACCAGGCAGUGCAACUACAAGUGCGGUUUCUGCUUUCACACUGCCAAGACCUCCUUCGUGCUGCCCCUGGAGGAAGCCAAGCGGGGGCUGGUGAUGCUCAAGGAGGCAGGGAUGGAGAAAAUAAAUUUCUCAGGAGGAGAACCAUUUCUUCAGGACAGAGGUGAAUUUGUAGGCCAGCUGGUCCGGUUCUGCAAAGAGGAGCUGAAGCUGCCAAGUGUCAGCAUUGUGAGCAAUGGCAGCCUGAUCAGAGAACGGUGGUUCAAGAAGUAUGGUGAAUAUUUAGAUAUUCUGGCAAUUUCGUGUGAUAGUUUCAAUGAGGAAGUUAAUGUUUUAAUUGGCCGCGGUCAAGGAAAGAAGAACCAUGUGGAAAAUCUGCAUAAACUGAGGCAGUGGUGCCGAGAUUACGCUGUUGCUUUCAAAAUAAACUCCGUGAUCAACAGAUUUAAUGUUGAGGAAGAUAUGAAUGAGCAGAUCAAGGCACUGAACCCUGUGCGCUGGAAGGUGUUCCAGUGCCUCCUCAUUGAAGGGGAGAACAGUGGGGAAGAUGCUCUGAGAGAAGCAAGUAAAUUUGUUAUCAGCGAUGAAGACUUUGAGCAAUUUCUGGAACGACACAAAGAUGUCCCAUGUUUGGUACCUGAAUCUAAUCAGAAGAUGAGGGAUUCAUACCUCAUUUUGGAUGAAUACAUGCGUUUUCUAAACUGCAGAAAUGGACGGAAAGAGCCUUCCAAGUCUAUCCUGGACAUUGGUGUAGAAGCAGCAAUAAAAUUCAGUGGAUUUGAUGAAAAGAUGUUCCUAAAGCGAGGAGGAAAGUAUGUGUGGAGUAAAGCAGACAUGAUUCUGGACUGGUAACUCAGUACACUGAGUUGUGAUGUGCAUUUUGUAAAGAAAAUUGUGUGUAUAUGUGUACAUUUAUGUUGGUGUAUAUAUAGAUUGAAAGUUGUUAGUUACAAUAUGGUAUACUGUAGAGAUUGAUGUAUGACUUGGUACAUGAGUAAUUCUACGAUUCUAUGAACAUGUUAAAUGUUUUUAGGAUGCAGAUUGUGUUCUUACUUAUUCACUGGUUGAAUGUUACUGAGCAGCUACAGAACUUUCAUAGAAAUAUAAAGGACUCAAUGGCAAACCAUUAGGAUGCCGUUAAACAGUAUUUUACACAGUGUUAAGAUAACAGAUAAAUGUGCUUGCAGGAAAACAAACAAACUCAUUAUAUAGAGUUGCAGUCGUUGAUAAAUGCAAACUCAUACAAGGAAAUAUUCUUAUGGAAAGGUUUUUGCAAUUCCUUACCAGCUCACAAGAGGGCCCACGGGCAAUCCUAUGGAAACAGCCCGCGUCUUUGUCAGGACUAAUGGAAGGUCAGAAUGUUGUUAUCAUGUAAUAUACUCAAGAGGAGAUUGGAAUUAAAAAGAAAAUUAGCAAUUUUCAUUUUUCAAAUGUUAAAAGCAUCUGUUGUUUUUCUCCCUCCCCUCCGUAUUCACAUAUGGCUUUUGCAAAAAUGUUGGGAGAUGUAAUUUUCUCUGAAAACAUUAUUUUUAGUCAUGUGAGAGUAGUGCAUUUCUCCUAAAACAUGAAAAUGAAUUUUGCCCAAUGGCAAGGAACUUUUUUUUUCACGUUGGCAAUGACUUCAGCUCCAACAAAAAAAAAUUUGCAGUGGAAACAGUCCUUGCAUUUUACUCAUAACUUUGCCUAUUCUCCUUUUAUUUGCAAAAAUUGAUUUAUUAUUUUUAAUAGCCACCUGCACAUAGAUUUGUUGAAGAUCCUUUCUGAGAAAUGAGUGAAUAAUAUGUAAGGCAUUUCACACGUGUCUUCUCUUGAAUUACAGGCAGUGCUUCUUCCCAUGCAUUUUGUAUUGCUAAGGCGUGGAUGUGCGAACAAGAAGGCUCGCAUAUCAUGUACCCUUCUUUUAAAGGUUGCUGGUUCUUACCUGCUGGUUGCUAACUGGUAGAUAUUGAGUGAAACUCAUGGGGUUUUGUGAAGGCUGUUUGUGAUUUGAAGAGCUGGCAGCAUCAAUAUAUAACAGAAAACAGACAAACAAAAAUACCCUGAAAUAAUUAAAUAAGCUGCCUGCUUGCUUGGUUUUCUGAUAAUUUUAUAGUUUUCUUAUUAUAGUUUUUCAAAGCUAAUGGUCCCAUCCUCCCCAGAGCUCUACAUGAGGGCCUGAGGUAACCUUUGCACAAACAGCAGUGAGCAGGUACUGCUUGCUCUCACUGCCCAUUUCACUUGCUGCCCAGGCUGCCUCAAAUGUCUAAAUACUUUCAUACACCCAGCAUGCAUUAAAUGUAUUAUGUAGAGUACACCUUCUUUCCCCUUUCUGGUUUUGCCCAUAUUUUUAAAGACUUCUCAAAAUUAAAUGUCUUGCAUUCACCCACUGCACCUUCAGAAUUGAAGCUGCUUCUCCAGAGGAACAGAAAGGUGCACCUCUGAAAACUAUAAAAUUGUUUCAGUUUACAGAUCUUUCUGUUUCUGUUUUUCCUGCCCUAACUGCCAAUGCACUGUCUCGAUGGUGCUCUUUUGUCUUUUCACAUCUUGCCCUCACUUCCGAUGCAUUUCUGUAUUUUUUUUCCCUCGUUAUUAAUACUCAGUGACAUUUUAAAUGUGGCCCACACGCAUUAACCCCACAGUCUUUUGGCAGCUGUUCCGCUGACCUCUGUUGGAGUUUUGCCCGAAUGCCAACUACAGGCAGCGCAAAUCCGUGAGACUGCAGUGCUUGACUUCCCCUGUGCUCCCAUUGCUCAGGCGUGAAGUCUGGCUUCUUCCUCAGCACCGAUGCUGCAUGAUAGAAAAGGAGCAUUUUUUCUUUAGCUGCUGGCUCAGCCCCAGCCCGAGGAAAGAUUUAGUGCAUCACUGUGCUGCUAAAUCCACCCGCUUGCUGCUGCUGCAGAAAACGCCAGCUGUAUCGCGGCGCGCAGAUGUGUGGUGCACAAAACCCCAUUCAGAGCCAGGAAUCCUGCCAUGCUUCCCUGAGUGUUCUGCCCUGUAAAUGGCCAUUGUUGUGCUGCAAGAGAUCACUGCGCUGCAGGAGGAAGCUGCAAGAUAAACAAAAGGAGCUGAGAAUGUGAAAAUGCUGUGGAUAGUCUGAACUCUAAGGCAUGGAGGAUGGUUUUAAUCACAAGGUUCUAAGUUAUUUCUUAAAAUGUUCAGGAUUCUGCAUUGCCUCUUGCUGCCAUACAUAGCUGAGAAAAUGGUUCUGCUCUGUGCAACACUCUCCUCUAAAGAAAAUGCCACGUUGUUGCGUAUGUUGUAAAUGAGGGAUUUGCCUAAAACAGUUUGACAGGCAAACCUGAAAGUUAAUAAAUAGCUAUUGGGAUUUUUAGAUGCAAAUUUGGUUUUGGUAUGAAAUUUAAAAAAAUAAUAAUAAAACAAAGAAGUUGGCUGCUUCUUGAUUAACCUAGAUGAUGAUGAUGAUUCAUGUUGGAUCACAGGUAGAUUUGUGACUUUAAUUCUGAGUUCAGGUCCAGAGGAGUAAUACUGAGGUCAACAGGGCCUCUCCCAGGCUGCAGGAUUGCACAUGCACAUCUGAGAGUCAGGGUGUAAAUUUGUGUCCUGCAAAAACAGAUAGGCCUAAUUGCAUUUUCAGGUGUAAUCCCAUAGCAGCGUAGCCACUGCAAUGCUGGGUCAGGCAGCACCUUGCACUGCAGCUUGUUGGCAUUGUGCAGCUCUCCCUAUCCUUAAAAUUUGUUGAGAUGAAAGCUGGAGGGAAUUGGUUCAUUUUAAAUUAGCAGGAUUAUAACUUGAGUAAUGGCUAAAACUGUCAUGCAAGAUGCAUUUUAAGGUGCACUCUUUUUUAAUGUGAAAGAAACUCAAUGUGUUUGAACGCCGAGAAGAAUUUGUGAAUUAUAUGACCACAUGAUUUGUGCUGAAUAUUCUACAUGAGCAUGUUACAAAUUGUAAUAAAAGUUUCUACUUUCCUAA